AUGGAUACAGCCUUCAGACAUUCUUCAACUGGACUACGGAAAGCUGUCGCCGUCAGGUGUGAAUGGGGUAGGCUUGCAGACGGUCGACGCGAAUUGCUGGCUAUUUGUGCUAUCGAUGUUCUUACGGGCGAAACCUUGAUCGAAUCUCUUGUUACGCCGUUACGGCAGGUGAAGAAAUGGCGUGACAGCGUUCAUGGAAUUACUCUAGGAAAAAUCACUGCCGCGAGAAAGAAGAAGCUGUGCCUUCGCGGCUGGAAAGAAGCACGAGCAAAGCUAUUUGAGCACAUUGAUGAGAAGACCAUCCUUAUCGGGUAUACCAUCGGCACUGACCUAAGGUUGUUGCGCUUAUUUCACAAGAAAAUUAUUGACUCGCGGAUCCUCGCAACAUCUCCCAUCUCCGGCCAACAAUUGGGCCCGAAACAACGGCCACAAUGGCCAAUGUCCAAGAUUUGCAGCGAUUUUCUUGGUUUCGCCAGUCAACAGAAUGCCAUUUACACAAGCGGCACCGAAAGUGCGUUUGAAAAUGCACUGGUAUCCAGAGAGAUUGCGCUGCAGUCCAUUCAACGGCCUAAGGAAUUUGCAAGAUGGGUAACAAAAUCGAGAGAGGAUUUCCGGGCAUGA